AUGUUGAAGCGUAAUUUCCCAAAAGCUAUAAAAAGGCGAUGGGAAAAUAUACAUCGUCUAGUGGCUUCCUAUCUAUUCAAUGUCAAGGGGUUUUCUAUUCCUCCCGCUUCGAGGAUGAUUUUCACACUCACAUUUGCAUUGCUCGCCGUGGUAUUCUAUUUGGUUCUCAAAUAUAUCUACUCAUACUGGGAUCGACAUGGACUACCAAAUCUGAAGCCUCACAUUCCCUUCGGGAACCUCAAAACGGUCGCCAUGCAGACGGAAUCCAUCGGGAUGGCUAUCAACAGCAUCUAUUGGAAAACCAAAGGUCAACUCGUGGGGAUCUACCUGUUCUUUCGACCGGCUAUCAUGAUCAGAGAUGCCCAACUGGCCCAUCGGAUAAUGACUGAGGAUUUCAACAGCUUCCGGGACCGUGGAGUCUACUGCGACGAGGAAGGUGAUCCGUUUUCAGCACAUCUAUUCGCUCUGGCCGGAAAACAGUGGAAGCAUCUGCGAAAUAAGCUCACGCCGACUUUCACCUCCGGCCAGCUGCGUAACAUGCUUCCGACUAUUUUGGGUGUGGGCGUUAAGCUUCAAAAUCAUUUGAGGCCGGCUGCCGCUGCGGGCGAGGUGAUGGAAAUGCGCGAUAUGAUAUCACGCUUUGUGCUGGAGAUAAUCGCCACUGUGUUCUUCGGAUUCGAGGCAAAUUGCAUCCACGAUCCGAACGAUUCGUUCCGUACCGUUUUGGGGGACACUCAGCGGGAGAGUUUGAUCAAUAGUAUCCGCAGUGCGGGAACCUUCAUUUGUCCCGGGUUGUUUAAGAUCCCCGGAAUAAAAUCGUUGGACGCGAAAGUGAUUGAGCUCACGACAAACAUCGUUACGCAACAGAUCGAGAACCGUGAACGAAGCGGGGUAACGCGACGAGACUUUAUCCAGCAGCUGAUCGAUCUUCGCCAGGAGGAUACCAAAAAUGGUGAAGUCGGCUUGAGUGUAGGAACUUGUGCUGCGAAUGUUUUCCUGUUCUACGUCGCCGGAACGGAGACGACAGCCGGGACUAUUAGCUUCACACUGUACGAGCUCUGUCAGCAGCCGGAUUUGAUGGCAAGACUACAGACGGAGAUAGAUCUAGCGCUGAAGGAGUCUAUGGGGGGGAUAAACUACGAUGUGGUAGCUCGAAUGAGGUUACUGGAUCUGUGUGUCAAGGAAACUUUGCGGAAGUAUCCCGGACUACCAAUACUGAAUCGAGAGUGCACACAGGAUUACAAAGUGUCCGACUCCGAGGUGGUGAUCAAGAAGGGUACCCAAGUGAUCAUCCCAAUACACGCCUACAGCGCGGAUGAAAAAUACUUCCCUGAUCCAGAUCGAUACCAUCCGAAGCGGUUCGACCCCGAAACGAAAAGCUACGAUGAAAAUGCAUACGCUCCGUUCGGUGAGGGACCAAGAAACUGUAUCGGAAUCCGAAUGGGUGUAUUGGUGACCAAAAUAUGUUUAGUUAUGCUGUUGUCAAAGUUCAAUUUCGCAACGCUCAGUGAAUCGAAGCUUGAUUUCUCCACAGCGGUGCCCGGAAUCAGACCCAAAGAUGGAAUUCGUCUGAAAAUAGAAACGAGACACAUCGAAUCGACCGCUUAACAGCUGAUCGUGAAUUUCAUUAGUAAAGUCCUCGGCGUAACAUUGUUUCAUCUAUAAAACUACCGAAAAUAAACUGCGCUUGCUCCAACCGAUCCACCUGCUAUCUCCCAGCGCUUGUAAUGGAACCGUUUGGCAAAAGUUAAACUGGACACUUGAGAUUGGCUAGAAAAAUAAACCUACCACCUAACAACAGCAACAGCCCACCGCCCGGUACCGACCCGAAGUGGCAAGUUCAGAUGGUGAAACUUGGUCCCUAUUUAUUUCAACUCAUGGCGGUUUCCAGUGUUCGGGGAGUGAGAAAGGUAGCAAGAUAGCAAGAUGUAUGCUUUUUGGCAACUUUUUCUGCGGUGUGGAGGAGAAAAGAAAACUUUCAUCCACAUUUAUUUCAAUGUGUACUGUAAAAGUUACUCUUGUUUGGGUUAUGAGCGAGGAAAACUUUUCAUGUUACGACGUGCUUGUGUUGGUUACGGGGAGGUGGAAGGGUGGGUACUGUAAGGUAAGGAUGUAAUCAUGAAGAAGAGAUGAAAAGUACAACGGUGAGGAGCUGGUUAUUUGGAAAAGUUGAAAGCACGGUGAGUUCCUUGAAGCAGAGGUUGCAAAAGGUUGUACAACCACAAACAAUAUUUUCGACUGCUACUGGAGCUCAAACGAGUUCGGCGUUGCUUUGCCUGCUGCUUGGGUGGUUGUGCUCAAAUCGGAGAGAGAAAGGGAGCACUGAGUAAUCGGAACUGUCCGAAUAAAGAUGCAAGUUUACCGUGAAAUCGUAUGUGGGAAGUUGAACUGAUGCGGCCCAUUAAGGGUGGGGUAAUAAUUAUGAAAGUAAUGACCUUAAUUAAAGAUAAGAGAAAUCAUAUUUUGGAACUUGAGUUGAUAUUUAUAUUUUAUGGGGAAAUUGGUAGCUGUAGUUAUCGAAUUGAUAUCAUUGAGGGGGAAGAAUCUGUGUCGUAUUUUUCGCACAAAUUAGUGGCACACUAAAUUAGAGAAUGACAUAUUGGCCCACUUUCCGUUAUUUGAUAGGACUGAAUUUCGGAACCAUGAAUCCCAAAACAAAAUGUAUUUAAAAAAACUAAAAACAUAGUCGCAAAACAUACUGCGGCUUGUAUAAAUGUACAUGAUUAAUCAAAACACGAUCGUUUCAAAACAUGGAAUAUACACUAUAUUAAUCAAAGCUUCUCAAACAAACAACCGACGAACACACAUCAUUCAAACACAUCACUCAAA